GUCCACUGAAAGGACGGUGCUCUCGACGCCAAACAGGCUCUCGACCUUAUAAAUUGUUGUUCCAGUAGUGGAGCCAAAGAACCAAACCAUAAGAUGGGAAUGGAGGAUAUUACAAAGCCUCUCAGGCCCUCCAGCAAACACGGGGAUCGUUAACUUCGCUAGAAGAUUCAAAGCUCUUUUGGGGAAUGCUCUGUGUCACAGAAAGUUGGAAGAAACACGACAAUGGCUCUCAAAAAGGCUAACGAUCACUGGACUUUUCUGGAAGAAAUUGAAGCUCCUAUGUGGGUGGAUCUUACUCUAGAAGUAAAAAUUAGCAACCAAGACACCCAUGAUGAGUGGUUCCACACAAGUCAUCUCUUCCACCAGCGUUCUUCUCACCAGUUGAAGUCUGCUUUUUCUUGUUGCGGGGAGAGUACUUUGACCUCAGACUUUGAAUCGGUUUCAACUUCACCAAAACUUCCAUCCUCCGUCUCAAGAUCUAGAGGCAAAGACUACAGGAGUAAGAAAUGGAGAGCAGAAAACUACGAGUCCUUACAUAAGCAGCAUCCACUCAAGGUUUUAAGUGGGACAUCUUCUUGUCUGGAUUUACGAUUUGGUGAGGAAUUAAAAUCCAAAUCAAUAAAUCUCAAAGGAACUACCAGGUCAAAAUCAACUUUGGUUUGUAAAAGCAGUCUAACCGGAAAUGCUAUCCCUAGUUCCUCUAAACCUGCUGUAUCUACUUUUGAGGACCAAGCUAAUGGGUCUAGUUCUAUGGGAAACAGGACUUGUGAAAGCAAUACAAGAAGCACCGUUACAUCUCAGAGCAGUCAGCAACGAGAGCUGAAGUGCAUAGAGGUAUCAACUCAACCAUUUGAUCCAAGUGGGCUCUUAUCAAAUCAGAGGAUAAGUCAUAGGAAAGACUGUGUUACAAGACAAGCAUCAAGGGUGGAGAUCAAUCAUGAUAAAAGGCUUUCGAGAGGCUACAGAUCAUCAUCUGGCAAGUCCAGUGUAGGGUCAUCAUCAAACAUUCUUUAUGAUGUUAAGAGCUUAACAUCUACAUCAAUAGGUCACAAAGAAAUAACCCCGACUAGCAGAAAUGUAGCCAGGACAAGUUAUGUGGCGAAGAACAAAGUAAAAACUUCUAAUGUCUCCAAGGCAUCGACUAUUAAAAUUGAAGAACGGAGCUCCAAUUCUAGAAGAGGAGUUAAAAUCAGCGUUUUAAAGCCGGAUCACGAGGAAGCUACAAAACCAAAGGUUCAACAUCAAACUUUGCAGCCACUUAGAGUUAAUGAGCGAGAGUUGUCUAUGGCUGCAAUAAAAUCAAAGGAGAAAUUGAGAGCAAUCAAGCCUAACAGAUCAGUAGGUGCUGGAAAAGAGAAUGCUACAGGGAGAAUGAUUAUCAAUCAGAAAUGCAUUGGAAAAGGCACUUCUGCUUUAGCCAUGGUUAGGGGUCAGAAAGGAACAAAACAGUUUGGACAAAGGGGUGGAGGAGGAUUAGUCGGUUCAAAGGUAAAGGUAAAAGUCACUGAUCGGUUUGAAAAGAAUAAGGCCGCGAAUGUGAACCAGAGGGUCUGCCUUCGAUGAGAGGGCAAUGCAUCAUUCUGGGGGUUGUGUAUAUAGUACAAACCUAACAUCUUUUUUUACACUGGGAGAUGAAGCGCAACAACAAAAGUUGCCUUCCUUUUAUAUUGGAUUUGAGUGUAAGUUUUGGUUCUUUAGGCUAAAUUUCACUGGCGUCUUUGACCCAGAUGAAACUGUCCCCAGGCUUUUUGUGAAUGCUUCUCUUUUAUUCGCCAUAAUUAGCCCUUCGUGUUGCAGCUUUUA